AACAGUAAAUUUAUUGUUGAACUGUUUUUUUUUUUGUUUCUUGAAUGCUUCCUCAUCUUUUAUUCUUUUGGUGAAUCCUACAGAAUACACAGUUGAAGGGGGGCCGUUUCUUGAUAGCUAACUCGUCGUAAAGAGCAAUGGAUGACCAAGACGGCAGGUUAUCGCCUCCAUACUCGAGGAACUAUCCAGGCGCUGGAGAACCUCAGUUUCGUUCAAGUCUGCGUUCAGAAGCGAACAGCUCCAUAUCAUCUUAUAGAGAUUUCCCUAAUGCAAGAAAGUAUAUGGCAGAGGGRCUUGCCACACCAAAAGGGACUAUACCACAAGCAAAUAGUAGAGCUGUAAUCUCAGCUCUUAAAGGGCUCCAGGAGAAAAUAAGAAAACUUGAGUUGGAAAGRACUGAUGCUGAAGAUAACCUGAAAAGACUUGCUAAAGAAUCCAAACAUUACAAAGAUAUUUUACAAAAAGAACAUUAUGCCAAGACAGCUACACAGGGUAUUAUAAGCCAACAGAAUGAAGAUCUCCAGGAAAACCUCCAAGCUGCUGAAGCAAGGUGUACGUUACUUGAGAAACAGCUUGACUACAUGCGUAAAAUGGUCCAGACAGCUGAAAUGGACCGGGAUAAUGCUGUACAGAGAUCAGCCAUGUUGACCCAACAAGUCAGCCACCAGGCAACAGAAGACUUUAAAGGACAGCUAGGGAAAUUGACAGGGCUUGAGCGUGACCACAUGAAAUUAACAGCAUCACAUUCUCUAGCUGAGAAUAAAAUWAGGGAAUUAGAAGAAAGACUUAGGAGUGAGGCACAUCAUAGAAAGCUUUUGCAAGAAAAAACAGCACAGCUUCAAACAGAAUCAGAAAAAAAUCGGAUUCUUUUGGAAACAGCCACAUCACCACCGAGACCCAAAAAGAAGAAGAAGAAGAAG